AUGGAGGAGAAAUAUCUUUGUCGUAUUGAAGCUGCUGGUCAGAAGUAUUACUUGAUGACUUCAUGGGAGAAUGACGAUGUCGAUCAAUUGUGUAAGCUCUUCUUAACCGAUGGCCAAAGUGCUUGGCAUACUGUAGUUACCGAUGGUGUUGCUAACCGAUUGGCUAGAAGUGUUCAAAUGGACUUGCAUGAAUAUUUAAAACAGACAAAGAAAGCAUUUACAGCAAAUUCUUCCGCCAAUUCUAAUUUUCACUUCGGCGUCUCCUUGCUGCCGGACCAUAACACUGUCGAGUUUGCUUGGAAGAAGUACCUAAGAAGCGAAGAUAUGAAAUUUCAGCUUGGUAAAUUAAAAAUGGCCGCAGUCACUGACCCGAAAGCAAUUAUAAGCGAAUUAUUUGAUUUCAGCUUGAGCCAAAUUUCGAACUUAAAAAUGAAUAUUGCAUCGCUUAAUUCUACAAAUGAACGUCUAUCUAGCGAGAGAGCUGAAUCUCUCAAGAAUCUCGAGGAAUUUGUAGUUACAAAAGAGAACUUAGAAGUGGACAUGUAUGGCAAAUUCAUUCGAGUACUCAAUAGCAAGAAGAAUAAAAUUAGGACACUUACAAAUCAAGUUAGGAAUAUGCCCACGUUUCCUACCAGUGUCAAGAUGGAGGAGAAAAUUAAAGUCGAGAAAGAGGAAGAAGACGAUUUAUUAUUGCCGGGUACAAGUCAUAGUGGACCUGGUACUAGCUCGACCUCCACUGAAAAUGAAAAUAGCUUACCGAGUUCAAGUUUAAUGCUUGAAGAUACUGUUAGUAAUAUUUGUGUCGCACCUACAGCUAAGAGGAGAAAGCGCCGAGGAGCAGCAAUAAAGUCGGAUGCUGACGAUCUUCCAGCUUUACCUAAAACCCGUUCUCUACGUAAAAAUUCCAGUCAAUUAUCUAGAAAUAAUAGCACGGGGUCAAAUUCAUCACAAGGACGUCUCAAAAGAAACAGUUCAGCUCUACCGGGAGCUGAAGAUCUGAUGGAAGAAAUUUAA